AUGGCACCUACCAACAGGGCCGCUUGGCUUGCGGGCAAGCAGGUGUUUCCGUUGCAUGUUGGCGAAGCACCCUACACACCACCCGGGCCGAACGAGGUAGUUGUCAAAUCAGCAGCCAUCGCUAUCAACCCUGUCGAGGCCAUGAAACAAGCCAUGGGAGACAACAUGAUGCCCUGGAUAAAAUACCCCUUUAUCCUCGGCCACGACGUAGCAGGCGAGGUGGUCGAGGUUGGAUCCAAAGUCACACGCUUCCACCCUGGCGACCGCGUACUCGGUGACGCCGUAAGCAUCGACCAACGAAGCAACCGUUCCUGCGAAGGCGCAUUUCAAGAAUACGUCGUGCUACGCGAAAACCUUGUUUCCCCGAUACCGGAUAGCCUUGAUUAUGAACACGCGUGUGUGCUCCCACUCGCCAUCUCGACGGCUGCAUGCGCACUGUACAUGAAGACCUACCUGGCACUGGACCCGCCUUCACUCAAGUCUGAAAAGAAGGGCAAAACCGUCUUGAUAUGGGGCGGUUCAACAAGUGUUGGCGCCAACGCUAUCCAGCUUGCUACUGCUUCCGGAUACGAAGUCAUCACCACUGCAUCGCCCAAGAACUUCAACUUCGUCAAGAGUCUGGGCGCCACCCACGUUUUCGACUACCACAGUGCAACCGCGGUCCAGGAUAUUAUUGGCGUACUCAAGGGAUCGGAAUUGGCCGGUAGCGUUGCUAUCGGUGAUGGAUCCAUGGAAGCUUGCAUCAAGAUCGUGGCUGCUUCAUCCGGAGUCAAAUUCAUCGCACAAGCAUCUCUUCCCAUGCCCAGUCAGAUCCCUCCCACAGGGAUGAACAUGGUAUCGUUCAUUGCGCGUUUCCUCUGGUUCAAGGUUUCGACCAUGGUAAACUGCAAAGUCAAGGGCAUCGGCUACAAAUUCAUCUGGGGAGACGAUGUCAUGGAGAAUGAGGUAGGAAGUGCCAUUUACGAGCAUUUCCUACCUGGCGCAUUGGCGGCGGGCAAAUACAAGUGUGCUCCUGAACCUGUGGUUGUCGGCAAGGGGUUGGAUCAGAUUCAGGAAGCAUUGGAGCGCAUCAAGAAGGGUGUUUCGGCCCAGAAGUUGAUUGUGGUGCUUUAG